AUGACUAUCCUCAAGGAAACAAGAGAAAACAAGAACAAGGAGAACAAGGAGGACAAGGAGAACGUUGCCAUCAAGAAAAAGAUGACAACGCAUAAACCCGCUCAAAAGACUGUUAUCAAUAUCGAUGAUGAACCUUUAUUAAAACCGAAUCCAAGACGAUUCGUUUUGUUCCCCAUACAAUUUCAUGAGAUAUGGCACAUGUAUAAAAAAGCCGAAGCUUCCUUCUGGACCGUUGAGGAAGUUGACCUUUCCAAGGAUAUUCCUGAUUGGGAGAAUAAGCUCAACGAUGAUGAGAAAUAUUUCCUCUCGCACGUUUUGGCUUUCUUUGCUGCCUCGGAUGGUAUUGUCAACGAGAAUUUGGUGGAACGUUUCAGCAACGAGGUUCAGAUCCCGGAAGCAAGAUGUUUCUAUGGGUUUCAAAUCAUGAUCGAAAAUAUACAUUCAGAAAUGUAUUCCCUCUUGAUUGAUACUUAUAUUAAGGAACCAGCACAGAGGGAUUAUUUGUUUGACGCCGUCGAGAACAUUCCUUGCAUUCAAAAGAAAGCCAACUGGGCCCUUCGAUGGAUUUCAGAUAAAAAAUCUUCAUUUGCUGAACGUCUUGUAGCGUUUGCUGCCGUCGAAGGGAUAUUCUUUUCAGGAGCUUUCGCGUCAAUCUUUUGGUUAAAGAAAAGGGGAUUGAUGCCAGGAUUAACAUUUUCCAACGAAUUGAUUUCUCGUGAUGAAGGAUUACAUUGUGACUUUGCAUGUUUGUUGUUCUCUCAUCUUCGUACACGACCUUCAAUAAAAACAGUUGAAGCUAUUAUAAUCGAAGCGGUUACAAUAGAGCAAGAAUUUCUAACAAGUGCGUUACCGGUUAAAUUGAUUGGUAUGAACGCGGAUUUAAUGAAUCAAUACAUCGAAUUUGUAGCUGAUAGGUUAUUAGUGGCACUUGGUGGAACGAAAUAUUAUAAAUCGGAGAAUCCGUUUGAUUUUAUGGAUUUAAUUAGUUUACAAGGAAAAACUAAUUUCUUUGAAAAACGCGUAUCAGAUUAUCAAAAGGCUGGUGUCAUGAGUAGCAGAACUUCUUUGGGAAACAACGCCGCUGAUAAUAUGUUUACUCUUGAUGCAGAUUUUUAA